AUGAAGCAAACCCAAGUGCUUGUUCGCCGUGCUGUUGGUAUUCGUCGGGCGUCCACCGCACAUGUGCGCCCCAACUGGCUGGAGGAGGGGUGCGGCGACGUCCCUGUGCACCCGCAGGCUCAGGAUACGGAGAUUAGCGAGAUGCUCCGCGGUGGACAUGCCUUGCAGAUCGCUAGUGGCAAGCUGCUCGAUGCCAAGGUGGCGGACUUCCACGUGAUCAAGACUUACUCCGCUGCACACCUUGAGAAGCUUAAGGAGCUGCGCGAUAACGAAGAGAAAGCGGUGCAGCGUAUUGAAGAUACUGUACGUACGAAGGACCUGAGAUUCCGUCCGAGUCUGAUGGUCCCAGCGGUCGAGCUCUGCAGUUUUGUCGUCGGCUGCGGACUGAGCCCAUUGGGGGACACGAUCAGCACGUCGUACGUGACGGGCGUCAAGAUGGCAGUGAGCGAUUACUACAACGACCAGAUUCGCGAAAUCUACGCCAGCAAACCCAACAUGGUCGAGCUCAAAGAGGUACGUAGCAUGUAG